AUGUUUCGAACAAAGAAAUCAACAACAGCCACCACUGAGCAUAAAGUACAACGGCUGAAGAUUUCUAGUCGGACAGAAGCUGUAGCUUCAUCUGCUCAACAACGUAUCUACAUGCAUGAAAAUCUUUAUUUUAGUGGUUCCGAUUUAUCUAUCUACAAUAGCCUGGUACCGUUGCAGAUCAAACGAGGUUCAGUGUCAAUAGAACAUAUUCGUUCAUCGUUAGUCUCAGUGAUUCAGCAACAUACAGUUCUUCGCACUGCCAUUUGUUUCAAUCCAAUGCAUAAUCAAAUCGAGCAAAAUAUUCAACCACUCACCGACGAUAUCUAUUCGUUUCAACAUUCUCAAGGUGUUUCUACAUCUGAACAACUUGAUAACCUACUGACGAACGAAUCAAUUGGAAAAUAUUUUGAUGUUGAAAACGGAAAAGUUUUACGAUGCCAUGUAGUGCAACGAUCUGCUGAGAAUUAUGGUGAUUCACUACAUGAAGGCGAUCUUAUUAUUUUUGUGAUUCACCAUAUCGCAUUUGAUCUCAGCUCAUACAAACCAUUUCUAAAAGCCUUCGAACGAGCAUGUUGGGCGACUGAAUAUCAACAAUCAGUGUUAACAAUUCCACAAUACAUUGACUUUGCAUUGUACGAACAGGCACUGCUAACCGACAGAAGUGUAGAGUCAAAAAUGAACAAGGCUCGUCGAUUUUGGGCUAAUGUGAUGCAUGGAUACGACUGGGAUAAAAUACGACAUUUGGUGCCUGAUGAAGGCCAAACUGAUCGACAUCAUUCUGGCCGUGGUUGUUCAACGGCAUUUACGAUCGAUCAAGAUGUUGUCGAUUCCAUGAUGUUAUUUGCUUCAACCAACAACGUGACAAUGUUUUCAAUAAAAAUCUAUGAUUUUAGUGAAGAAGAAUGUGAUGAAGAGAAAAGAGAAUUGAUCAAUAUCGGUGUUAAUCACCAAGCGUGUUUUCAAUGA